AUGGACAAACCCUCACACCCCGAACCUCAGGGGAGUCCCCCACCCUCACCAGAACAUCAUCUGUUGACAUUACCGACACCUGAGGAGUCGAUCUCGGAAGUAGCAAUGUACCACUCCUGGGACUCUUCAGUCAGUCUACAGACAGAAGCAGGACAGGACCCAAAGAGGGAGGGCCUGUGGAGCAGGACAAAGAAGGCCCUUACAACCUCUUCGACUCAGAAGGUUGGAGGCUCCAAAACUUCCUUGAAAACGAUGGCGGUGGGGAAGAAGAGCCUGACCCCUAUACCAGAAGCGAGUGGCUUGCAGCAGAGGCAGACACCUGAGAGUACUGCCACAGAGACGACCUUGCAGAAGACAGUGGAGAGCUCAGCCUUGGGGCCUCCGCCACAAAUCCCUCCGGUACAAACCCACCAAACCCCGUUCGACAUAGAGUGGCAGCAAGCAAGCUGGGUCUUCACAAGGGAAGAAGCUCCUGUGGCCAGAGUAUCAGCCUCGAGGACCAAGAACCACACCCCUGUGCAAACCGUUACCCUCCCUGCCAAAAUCGAGCAGCGUAUCUGGGACACCAUUGAGGACUACAACCCAGAUACCCCUAGAGCACAUCCCAGCACUGGCGAGCUCCCCAGUAUCCCCGCUUUCACCAUGUCGGUCGCACCACAAGCCUUCGCCAGCCCCAUCCCUCUCCAUCAGCGACCAUGGACUCAUCUCUACCACAUGCUCAUCAAGUCCACACUCAUCCCUCGAGAUGCCCAGAUCACCCCAGAGAGAGAGGCCCAAAUGGAGCAGGCAAGAGCAAUUUAUGCAAUCUACAAGUGGUACAGAGAGCUACAGUGGAGGCUUCACGCUGGUAGCUAA